UUCAGUUCGAACAGACUCACUCUGGCUAUCAGGCAAUAAGGAUGAAGUCACUCUUCACCUUAUUGGUAGCUUCCUUGGCGUUUGUUACAACAUAUGUACUAGCAACUCCAAUCGAACAUGUCAGAUCCCCAGAAGAGGGUAAUUUGUUUGAAGGUGAUAUUGCGAUAGACGGCGACUGGGAAGAUGUUUACAAUGCCAUCUCUAGAGCAACACAGAUGUGGCCCAACGGGAUUGUACCAUAUACAGUACAAGGUGCAAGUAGCAGUGAGUUGCAGUUGCUCCAGGCGGCCAUCUCCGACUACAGAACUUACACUUGUAUAAGAUGGGUCCCUAGAACCACGGAGUCUGCCUAUGUUAAGAUCAUCAAAGGCGGCGGAUGCUAUUCAAAUGUUGGUACGCUGCGACGGGUCCAAACUUUGAGUUUGGGACGUGGUUGUUGGAACAAGGGAAUCAUAAUCCACGAGAUGAUGCACGCCGUUGGAUUCUGGCACGAACAAAGCAGAAGUGAUCGAGAUAACUAUGUGACCAUCAUGUUACAGAAUGUUAGACCAGGCAUGGAACACAAUUUCCAGAAAAUGUCAUCGAGCCAGGCAAAGAACAUACUGAGCUACGAUUAUGGGUCUAUAAUGCACUAUGGGCCUACUGCCUUUACUAAGAAUGGACAGAGGACCAUCGUGCCUAGGCAAAGUGGGGUCACCAUUGGACAAAGGAGGGGAUUCUCCAACCUUGAUAUACAGAAAAUAAACAUCCUGUACAACUGCAAAGGUGGAGCUACGAUCCCACCAGUAACUGCUCGACCUACCACACGCAGGACACAACCGACAGUUCGCACCAUAAGACCCACAUUUCCAACAAGAACAACUCCUCGACAGACACCACGACCAACUACUGGAACUUGUCGGGAUAGGUCUUCAGCCUGUGAUAUUUACAAGAGACAAGGAUUCUGCAAUCAGCAAUUCUACAGAGAUAUCUGUUCUGCCACAUGCUGUGUAUGUGGAGACUGUUCAUCAGGGACAACGCGACCAACCCAACCAAAGACCAGACCUACCACUCCAAGACCGACAACUUGUCGGGAUAGGUCCUCAGCCUGUGAUAUUUACAAGAGACAAGGAUUCUGCAAUCAGCAAUUCUACAGAGAUAUAUGUUCUGCCACAUGCUGUGUAUGUGGAGACUGUUCAUCAGGGACAGCACGUCCAACCCAACCAAAGACCAGGCCUACCACUCCCAGACCGACAACAUGUAAAGACCAAUUUGACAACUGUCCAUUCUUCAAGAGCCAGGGCUAUUGUGCAGAAAGCUAUCCCAACAAGGAUUAUUUUAGACGUAUAUGUCCCUUGAGUUGUGAAGUAUGCAGUAGCACACAACGACCAACUGUACCAACAACGAGGCCAACUGCAGUUCCAAAGGCCUGCAAGGACAUAUUUGUCCAUAGCUGUCCUGAUUUCAAAAGACGUGGGCUAUGUGCAAGUUCAAAUUCGAAAUACUACAAAUCGAUAUGCCCUUUGUCUUGUGGUGUAUGCGGAUCAGGAAACACACGUGUCACUGUGGUACCAACAACGCCUACUGUCACACGAAGCACUGAUAAGCCUAUCGUGAAUGGGAAUUGCGGAAAGUCCAAAUUGGGCCAUGAUAAAUACAUUGUGGGAGGCAAAGAGGCCCAAGUUGGGAGAUGGCCUUGGAUGGCAGACCUAUAUGUUAAUGGAAGACAUAGUUGUGGAGGAUCUGUAAUUGCAGCCAAGUGGAUCUUGACGGCGGCUCAUUGUGUUAAGGGGAAGUCUGCAUCUAGUCUCAAGAUACGAGUUGGCUGGCACAACCAGAGACAGCAAACACAAAAUGGGGUUGAGCAUGCUGUAAUGCGAGUAGUUGAUCACAAACAGUUUGGAUCUAUUCAAGGUCAAAGUAUUCUCAACGACAAUGACAUUGCGCUUCUGCAACUCACAAAGGAUAUUGACUUCAAAAACGAGCAUGUAAAUACUGUGUGUCUUCCUAAGAAAGGAGAGCAGUUCUCAGGGAGUUGUGUGGCAACAGGAUGGGGGAUGACGAUAGGCACCGGGGACAAUACAAAACUUAGGGAAGUAACAGUUCCUGUUUAUACAACAGCAAACUGCAACAAAUACUGGCCUGGUAGAGUGUCCGACCGACAGAUUUGCAUGGGAACAGUCCCUCCAUCUCAGACUAAAACUGCGUGUAUGGGAGACUCUGGUGGCCCGUUGGUAUGCAAGAAAAAUGGCCGCUGGAUCCAAGCAGGCGUGACAUCAUGGGGAAUGAGAGUUUGUACUGGAAAACCAGCUGUCUAUACAAGAACAUCUGAAUAUCUAGACUGGAUCGAUGCAAACAUGAAAUAAUAAUGAGGCAAAUAAAUGAAUAUACAAAUGAACUUAUCUGUCGAAUUAAACUUAAUAUUUAUUAUUAUGUAUAUGGUAUAUUGAGAUAUUCAUCGGAACUCAACAGUCUCCAAGAAGAAUGAUAUAGAAUUCUGUUCAUAUGUAAAUUUUAUUUUAU